AUGCACUCCCCGAUGCAAAAAAUAUGGCUUCGAGUUGGUACGGCGAAGCAAAAACCAGACUUUAUCUCGGUAACGAGAGGUCCCGGAAUCAACCGUGCGCAAGGCGGCUACGAUGAUGAUGAUGAUGACGGUGAUGAUGACGAAGAUGAACGUGAGCGCCGCCAAGCGCAACUCCGAUGCCUGGCAUUACAAGAGAUGGUUGAGAAACAUACCCGGACUCUGGACAAGGACUGA